UUUAAACGGCUGGUGUGUGGUGGGUCUCAGCGGUUAGUUUGAACACUGGUUUAGUGAGCUUACAUCACCUCCAUUACUGGUGUUAUCUUCCUCCCCGCCAGCCAGCCAGCCCCUCCAUCACUGCUGCUACUGUUACUGCUGCUGCUGUAGCAACCAACAUGUCUGUGAGAAGUAACAUGCAGCCGUCAGUGAUUGGGUUUGAUAAUGGGCCAAGGAAAGUAGAGGCAAAGGUUCUACAAGGUCCUAUUUUGCACAGACCUGCACUGGGAGAAGUUGGUAAUCGCAGUGUAUCACUCCGUGGGCUUAAGGCUCCAGUGAAACCUGUGGAUGUUGCUAGGAAAAGACCAGUAUUGACUAGACCCACAAAACCCAAGUCUAAUUCCAUUUCAUUAUGCAGAGUGUCUGGUAAAGAAAAUGUGGGCCUGCAAGAGUGUGAAAAAGUGGAGGAAGAAAUGGAUGUGGAGGAAGUUGCUAAGGUGGAAGAGUUAUCAGUUGCUUUUUCUACUCAGUGUCUCAAUGUUGAAGAUAUAGAUGCUGAAGAUGGUGGAAACCCUCAGCUAGUGUCGGAGUAUGUGAACGACAUUUACAAAUACUUAAGAGAAUUAGAGGAGGGCAGCAAGGUACAACCUCGUUAUUUGGACGGACAGGUAGUCACAGGAAAAAUGCGAGCUAUUCUCAUUGACUGGUUGGUUCAGGUGCACCUACGCUUCAUGCUUCUCCAGGAAACUUUGUACCUUACUGUGGCUAUCAUUGAUAGGUAUCUCCAGCGUGAAAGAACUGUCUCUCGCAGUAAACUGCAGUUAGUUGGCGUGACAGCCAUGUUUAUAGCGAGUAAAUAUGAAGAAAUGUAUUCUCCAGACAUUGCAGAUUUUGCAUACAUCACAGAUAAGGCAUACACCAAAAAUGAAAUUCGCAAAAUGGAAGUAAAUAUUCUCAAAACACUAGAUUUCAAUGUAUCCUAUCCACUUCCAUUGCAUUUUCUCCGAAGAAACAGUAAAGCUGGAUCAGUAAGUACUGUGGUUUAUAUUUUCUAUGAAGUGGUGUGCAUGUGAAAAACUAGAAAUUGG